AUGCCGAAAGCAGAAUUUGGAUCGACGAAGUACCUGAACAAUAAAAUGAAAUCGAAGGGACUACAGCGACUUCGAUGGUACUGUCAAAUAUGCGAAAAGCAAUGCCGGGACGCCAAUGCGUUCAAGAUGCACACCCAAAGCGAGUCACACACGAGAAAGAUGCUGCUAGUUGGUGAGGAUGCGAAGAAGUAUAUCGACGACUUUAGCAGUCAGUUCAUCAAGGACUUCUUGCAGCUACUACGAACCUCCCACGGAGAGAAGCAAGUGCAGAUCAACCACUUUUACCAGAACUACAUCGCCAACAAAGAGCAUGUCCACAUGAAUGCUACCAAAUGGCAUUCUCUUACAGACUUCGCAAAGCACCUGGGAAGGGAAGGAAUUUGCAGAGUCGAGGAAAAUGAUAAGGGAAUCCAUAUCGCAUGGAUAGAUGACUCCCCGGAUGCCUUACGGCGAAAAGAAGCGGUGCGGAGGAAGGAGAUGCAAGAUAAGGGAGACGAAGAGCGCGAACACAUGUUAAUUAAGGAACAAAUCAAGCGUGCGAAGAGGGAAGCGGGUGAGCAAGACGAGGACGAGGUCGACAAUUCGGAAGGCAAAGAACUCAAGAGACAAGAGGGAGAGAAGAUCAAGCUCUCUUUUGGCGUCAAGCCCGCUACUCAGCCGGCACCAACACCCUCUCCAGAUAAAUCUACCCCAGAGAUAUCAGUGCCGCCACCGAAAGACGCAGAGAAGAAAGAGGAAUCAACAGCUACACCAGAACAACCUCCCACGACCCAGAAACCUGCCGCUGCUCCUAUUUCGCUUAAAAUGGCAGCGAAGCCUCAACCCAAGAACGUCUUCGCGGCUGCGAAAAAGAACGCGCUCGCGGGAGCGUCGAAGAAAGCACCGGCCUUUGGAGAGCCGAAGAAGAUGAGCGAAGCUGAGCGCAUUAUGAAGGAGGAGAUUGAGCGCAAGAGGGCUCGGGAGAGUUCGGGUAGGGGCGGGUUUUCUAAUAAGCGACAGAGAAAUUAA